UUUACUGCAUUGUGCAUGUAAAGGAUGCAACCAAAUAUGUUCAGCAUACAGUAUAUCACCUGCGCAAAGCAUGGACUUUAGACAUCAUGAACUAGCAUCAUAAAUUAGUCAUGGACACUGUAAUCUAGACAGCACAAGCAGGUUCAGCUACAGCUGGGAACAUGCAUCCUGCACCUAGUCCAGACAUCCUUCUUCAGUCACCACCAACCUGUGUUUAACCCACCCGCGCCUUCAAAUAAUUCACUUUUCUGCUGUUUUACUUAACCCAGCCAUGCUUGGGAAGCGCUGAGGCACCUCAGCACACUGCCCUCGGUCGGUUAGAGAUCUCACUGCACGCGGGGACAGCAGUAUAGCAGCGCUCUCUGGCUCCUCUCAUCUCAUUCUCGUCUAGAAGAUGGCGGACUGCGCUUCACUGUUAGACGACGAGCUCUCUUCAUUUGUCUUCAAUUACUUGACUGAAAACUCCGGCAGCCCGUAUGGGGAAGAGGAGGUCUGCUCAGACCGCCUGGAUGCUGACUUCCCUGACUUUGACCUCUCACAGCUGGACGCCAGUGAUUUUGACUCGGUGAACUGCCUCAGUGAGCUGCAUUGGUGCAACGAGCACUCAGAUCACUCCCCUGCCUCCAUACAGUACAGCGGCGGAGACCCAGAGCUAUUCGAGGAAGAAAAUGCGGCACUGCUCGCUGCCCUCACAGACAGCCUGGACGGCAUUGUUGAGGACGGAGUCGGGGGUCUGUCUGUGUUCCCUUCACUGGGGGACGACCCUGAGGAGGGCGAGGAGGAGGAAGAUGACCUCCCUUUGGACAGUGAGCCCCUCCUUGGCUCAUUGAGCCCAGAGACAGAAGACCCAUCUCUACUUAAAAAGCUCCUGUUGUCGCCCCCUAAUGUGCCUGCGGGCCUCGAAUUGCACAAAGACGUGCAUCGCCAUAGCAGCAGGAGCCAACACGUCAAACCCGUGAGACCCGUGUUAAAGAAGGACAGAUCAAGCACACAGGAGCGCAAGCCACGGCCGGCGAGGCCCUCCGGUCGUCUUUAUACUGAACUCCACCGCCACCUCACCUCCGUGCAGGAGACAGAGGAAGAGGAGGAAGAUGAAGAGGACAGUGACUCGGAGGAAGAAGAGGAGGAGUCGUCCAGCAGCGAAGGCGAGAGCAUGAUGUGCGUCGAGCCACCGAAGCCCCAGUUCUCCUCAGAGAAAGAACUGCACUCUGUGGUGGAGCUCAUCAAAUACAUGCACACGUACUGCCUGCCCAUACGCAAACAGGCCAUCUGGGAUCGCAGAGAGCGUAAGGCCAAGCCCGAGAGCCCGCAGGUCCCCCGCAGCCUCCCCGUGAUCCCUCAGAAACCGGCUCCUCAGACCAGGCCGAGGGCUCCCUUCACUCGCCGCAGGGAAAUUAAAGCCCACUCCCUGCUGAAGGAUCUGCUGGAGGACGUCAGCUCCUUUGACGUGAGCAAGCCUUACAGAAUGCACAGCCCUCCUUAUAUCCACUGCAGAGGGGCUGCGACUCGGCUCGGCGCUGACCUUUCUUCCUCCCCCAAAGCUGAACUGAAAGAUUUGGAGAAGGCCGCAAAGCGCCCCAAGAGCCCUGAGCCAGAAGAAGGCUCCCUCUCGGUCAGGCGUUCUCGACGGCUGGCCUCCUUCCCCAGCCGAUUCGCUAAGAGAGUGCGUGUGAACUGCAGCCGGUCAGAGCCUAGUCUUGGGCAAUCGAGUGAAGAAGAGACCGCGCUCGAGCAUCCUCCCGCUGAGCCUCCUUCUGAUAGCAGCCAGAGGAGCAGCUCCCACGAGACGUCUGAGGCCUGUAACCCCUGCUGCAGUGACGAAGAACGCUCCUGCCUCUGUCUGCCGCUGGCGUCCAAAUCCAAUGGAGAUGCGCAGUAUGCCAACAAGCCCUUUGAGCAGACUCUCUCUGUGGAACUGUGUGGCACAGCAGGGCUGACUCCCCCCACCACACCGCCCCAUAAACCAGUGGAGGACGAGCUCUUCAAACCCGAUGGAAAAGCUGAGCUCACCACCAAGAGCUCAUGCCUGGCGCGGGCGCACAUACGCAAGCUCCCAGAGCAGACGGAGCUGUAUGCCCAGCUGCGCCGGAUGGGCCAAACGGGCGACACAGACUCUAAGGGUGGGAUGCAACGGGCGUACGGGGACCAUGAUUACUGCCUGUUGGGUCAGGGAGAGAAUUGCAAGACAACAAGGAUGAUGUGCCGUGUGGAGGUGCAUGAGGAGGAGGAGAUGGCUGUGAAGGACGAGGAGAUGGAGGGACAGGAGGAGAGGCUCCUAACCAAUUGCCAGCAAAGGACUGAGGCUGAUUCCCCCGUGGCUUUGUCCUCGCCCGGUCCAGAGCAGACCAGUCAACCCUCACCUGUCCGAUCUCCCACCCCAGAGCUGGACGCCCAGUCCCAGAUUUCCUGUUCGCCCCCCUCCCCUGGCUGCGAACUCCCCUUCAGCGAUGAGAGCUCAGAGACGUGCCAUGAAGCAGCUGAAAAAAGAAGCAAGACGAAGUGUGGACAAGAGAAUGAUGUGAACAAGUGCCAAGUGAUCUACAUUCACAACCUUCCGACCAGCGUCACUCAGUCCAUGCUGCGUAAGCGCUUCGAGGCCUUCGGCCGUCCGGAGGACUGUAAAGUGGUCAUCAAAAACGAGGAGCGUUGUGGGGUGAUCACACUGAGACCGUCUCAGGACGGCCAGACCUCACGGCACAGGUGGGACUCGCUCGGUCCGAGCGGGGGGAGCGUUGGCCGGCGGUUCGGCAAGAAGCGUUACAUAGAUCUGGAUGAGGCGGGUCCCGGUCCGGUGAAGAGCAAGUAUGAUGCACUGGACUUUGACGCUCUGCUGAAAGAGGCCCAGAGGAGCCUUCAUCGCUGACACGCGCCUUACCACACCUCCAGAGUCACGCCCCGCCCGAGACUCGCCUCAGCACCUCAACCAAGGCACUUCUUCAUGUUUACAUUUUGAACAUUGGAAUAAAAAAAUAGACCUUGUUGCUUCUAACUGAGGAUCGGAGGACAAUGGGGCGGGAGGAUUACAAAGGAACAGAAUCAGCUCUGAGACACCGGACACAAGUGCUGCUACUCGUGUGUUUGAUGCCAUUCAUGACGUUGCGAGCAGCUCAGGCUUCGUAGCAAACAGCACUCUUCUCCAUCGGUUGUUGUGACGUGCGUGUGCUUUUUUUUUUUUUUUUUACCCCUUUGUCACUCUUCAUAGACCUGCAAGGUGCUUUCACCAUUUUGUCGUACAAAUAUAUAAACAAGCUUUGUAUUAGCGAAAUUUCGUGGAUGUUCAACUUUCUCUCUCUCUGUGUGUGUGUGUGUGUGUGUAAGUUACAAUGGAUUAAAAGUGGAUUUAAAAAAACGACAAACAAAAAAAUCCUACAAGGUAGAGUUUACAGAUCAAUAAGUCAAAAAAAAGUAGUCUUUUUGUAAUUUUAGUGCUUCCUUGAUUUCAUCUAUGCACUCAAACGAGGUAGUGCUUCUUUGGUCUGACCUUUGCCCUCCUCUGGUGUGGAAGGGGCUUUUGCUGCUGGCUUUCAGACACAACUGAGUCCAAACCCAACUGUACUUCCUUAUAGUGUCUAAUUUUUGAUGUUAAAAUACUCCUAUCCAAGCUAAAAACUGUUCAAGUAAACUCAUAUGUAUAAAAAAUUUGAUUUGUUUGUUUAAGCAGCCAGACAGAGCCAACAGUUUAAGUUUAGGGGCGGGGCUUUGUCUUUGGAUGACUAAUUGACCCUUUGCUGGCAGUUUGAUUGACAGCUGAUCUGACCAAUCAUAAUGUAAUUUUUUGUCCGAAACAAACUUUAUCGUUUAUCGUUGGUGGAUUUGAUCUUGAACAAUGGUGUGUAUUUACAGCUUUCUGCGGUUAAAGCAAGAUACCUUCCAAUGUUCAUUCAUGUUUAUUUAAUGCUAUAACUAGUAAAGAGGAAGAGAUGAUCGCCUCACGUGCCGCUUUAACUGAGGCACUACAGAGAUCUGUCACGUCACACUAAAGCGCAACAAAAUUUUAUAUAUUGUUUGAAUAUCUUAA